GCGCAGGCGCGGCGCGUCUCUGGAGCGAUGGCUGCUAAGAGCUUCGCUUCCCGCCACAGGGACUCGCUGCGGUUUCUGAAUGGCUUCUUGGCUGGGGCUGUCGUGGGCGCGGCGGGCGCGGGGCUGACGGCGCUGCAGCUCCUCCGGCGUCGGGACGACGAGCCGCACGAAUCUGCAGAAAAAGUUGUCCUAGAACAGUUUGGAUUUCCUCUGACCGGAACAGAGACCAAGCGCUACACUAACCAUGCCUUGUCUUAUGAUCAGACAAAGCGAGUGCCCAGAUGGGUCCUUGAGCAUAUAUCCAAGGACAAGAUUGUAGGUGACGCGGACAGAAAACAUUGUAAAUUCAAGCCUGAUCCCGGUGUCCCUUCAGCCUUCAGUGCCCUCAAUGAGGACUAUGUUGGGAGUGGCUGGUCACGAGGACACAUGGCCCCAGCAGGAAAUAACAAGUUUUCCAGUAAGGCCAUGGCGGAGACCUUCUACCUUUCUAACAUUGUGCCUCAGGAUUUCGAUAACAAUUCUGGCUACUGGAAUAGGAUAGAAAUGUAUUGUCGUGAACUGACGGAGAGAUUUGAAGAUGUUUGGAUAGUAUCAGGACCUUUGACCUUACCUCAUACUAGUGAUGGAAAGAAAACAGUUAGUUACCAGGUGAUCGGUGAGGACAACGUGGCAGUUCCUUCACACCUUUACAAGGUGAUUCUGGCUCGCAGAAGCCCGGAAUCUACGGAACCGCUGGCACUAGGGGCCUUUGUGGUGCCAAAUACAGCUAUUGGGUUCCAGUCCCAGUUAACUGAGUUCCAGGUGAGCCUGCAGGACUUAGAGAAGAUGUCAGGUCUGGUGUUUUUCCCCCAUUUGGACAGAACCACCAACAUCCGGAACAUUUGCUCUGUGGACACCUGUAAGCUCUUGGGUUUCCAGGAGUUCACUCUGUACCUAAGUACAAGGAAGAUCGACGGGGCCCGUUCUGUGGCCAGACUGGAGAAGGUCCUGGAAACUCUGAAGAACUCGGGGGUCGAACCUGACGAUUACUUUCUGAGUCGCUAUGAGAAGAAGCUAGAGGAACUGAAGGCUAAGGAGCAGGUGGAUCCCCAGCGGGAAAACCUGUCCUAGUGUCCGGGUGUGUGCUGAGUGCCUGUAAUGAGUGGACAGGCGUUCCCUCUCCAGGCAGUCGUAUUUUAGCAGACUUAUUUUAAAGAAAUGAUGGAAUCCUGACUAAACAUCCCUCCAAAGACUUAUGAGCUCAAAACUCAGGGUUUUCUUUCCCUAGGAUCUGAGUUGGUGGAGGUGGCUUUUAGAAUUCCUCUCCUAUCCUGUCCAAAUACACUGAUGAUGUACUUUUUGCUUCUCCUCCCACGAUCCUGAUGUCCUUCUGUCUGUCUGUCGAAACCUUUCCUAGUGUGCUCUGUAGGCAGUGCUUUGCUUGCGUUGUCUGACUGAGCCUCUGUGCAGAAUCCUCUGUUCCAUUCUACAUGUGGGGAAGUUGAGGCGUAGAGAACUGUAUCUUCCCUGUUGGUAUUCUACAGAAGUGCUCUCCGAGCUCAGACAAGGUCGGAUGGAGUUUGACUCAAGUAUAUCCCUAUGUGUAGACGGAGGCUGCUUGUCUGUUUCCCAGCCGCCCAGCCCCGAAAUCACGCAGAAACUAUUAAUCGCAGUACUUCUUGGCCAAUAGCAUAAGCGUAUUUCUAGCUAGCUCUUACAUCUUAAAUUAACCCAUUUCUAUUAUUUUAUAUUUUACCUCGAGGCUGUGGUUUACCGGACCGGUGUGCGGGUGUCUUUCUCCUCCCGUAGCUACAUGGCAUCUCUCUGAGUCCGCCUUCUUUCCUCCUCUAUCUGCUUGGAAUUCCCGCCUUGCCCUAUUUAGCGCUGCAAUAGGCCCAAAGCAGCUUCUUUAUUAACCAGUGGUAUUCACAGCAUGCGGAGGGGAAUCCUACAUCACCUGUGUCCAUGGGAAAUUCCUGGGCUGAGGCUCUGCUUGCUGAGAAGGCUCUGUCUCUGCUGUCUCCUCAGGCAGGGACACUUUAAUACCCGAGCUGGGAAGAAGAGAGCAAAGAUGGAGAUGGUUUGUGGGUUUAACCAGAGCCUGCGAUUCCCUCCAGGGAUCCCAUGGGGCCAGAUAGGCUUGUUUCUUCCUUCACUCGGCGCAUUUCAGAGGAGCCCAAGAAAGGUGUGUGCUGAGUCACCAGGUGCCUAUGAUCCUGCUGUCUGCCAGGCCAGCACACCAUAGGAGGUAGAUCCUGGGCCACUCCUGUGGGAGGGGGCAGCUGUCGUGGGUUACAGUCUUGAGCUGUCCUAGGUGUAGAUAGUCCAGUGGCUUCCAGGGGAAGGACGUGUCUGGUUCUGUCACUCGGCUGUCGUGUUCCGAGCAGUGGAACCAGGGAGAUCUUUGAGGUGUUGUUUGCCUCUGAUAGAAAUGCUCCGGAUUCACAAUAAAGUUAAGACAUUGGGGGCUGGAGUGAUGGUUCAGUGGUUAAGAGCAUUGCCUGCUCUUCCAAAGGUCCUGAGUUCAAUUCCCAGGAACCACAUGGUGGCUCACAACCAUCUGUAAAGAGGUCUGGCGCCCUCUUCUGGCCUUCAGGCAUACACACAGACAGAAUAUUGUAAAGUUAAGACAUUGGUUGACCCUGUUCUGUUCCUUCAUUUGAGUAGAAAGGAAAAGUUGGGUAGGGCACUUUAGCUGAUUAAUGCCAUUCUGUUUUAAUCGUACUGUUCCCCAUUAGCUUGUGCCAGGCCUUUAAAGGAUAAAAAGCAAAAAUGUCACUGUGACCAAAAAAAUCUGUUAGUUUGUCUCCUCAGAAGAGAGGUGAUGGUGGGGCCUGGGUGUUUCUCCAGGAGCCCCAGGGGUGGGCACUCAAUGGGCUGCGUCCUGGGUCCCUGCUUGAAUCCAUGCAGCUGAGCCUCUCUCUGUUCUGCUUGCUGGCACGACUUGCUGGUGGUCUUGGGUCGCUUCCCUCACUCCUGCCUCUCCUUCUGGAUGGUGAAGAAUCUUGACUAUAUCAGUAUUUAUUUCCUAUGAAGUAUUUCCUGGUUAUUAUGAAAAAUAGAGAUAAAAUUGUAACAUCACGGUGUGCCAGGUCUCAUUCUUUUUCCUUUUGAACCUUUUUAUGACUGUUUUCCCAUAUGCAUCUGUGCCCGCAGCAUGAGCACCUGUUGCCCACAGUGGUCAGAAGAGGUCACUGGACCCCCUGGAAUGGACUUCCAGAGCCACCGUGUCAAUGCUGGGAACUGAACUGGGGUCCUCUGCAGGAGCAGCCAAUGCUCCUUAGCACUGACCUCACUUUUUAUGUGUACAACAGCGGGGCUUGAGCUGUGUUUCAUUAAGGGCCCAAAACAAGGGUUAGAACUCCCCUUUGGAUCAGGUCAUUGUGGCCCUCAGUGUAGCAGUCAGUUUUUCUGGAUUCCGUUGCAGUAGAUUCCUGGGCUUACUUGAGUCAGAGACAUAACCGGUCAAACUUGAGCGUGUUAGUUUAGCAUUUGUUACCUUAGUGGGUUCCCUCGGGUUCUCAGGUUGAGCCUGAGCCGCUGCCCUGUGUACCCUUCCAGCUCCUGGUCUGAAGGAUUGUGCAGACUGGGAGGGCUCUGCUAAGGGAGGAGAUUUAAUCCUUAGUCUUUCUCAGUUUCCUGUGACAUCUUCAAGCUCUGGUCUCCGGAUUGAGACUGCUUGGCCAAAGCUAAGUUACUAAGGUUAGGGAGAGGAAAGCUAGACCCUGAGCUACACGCUGUCUGCACCUACACCUUAGACAGCGGAACCUCUGUCCUCCUUCCAGGCCUUUGACUAGGGCCCUGCAGGAGAGGCAGCCUGAUCCUGAGGGAGUGGCUUCCUGCGGAGCUGUGCUUAGCUUGCAGCCUGACGCUGGGUUGAUCCUCUCUGUUGCCAUGUCACCUGUGUCCCCGCCUCGUCUCAGAGGGUAUCACUGAGCUCACUUCAUUUGCCACAGACUUCCUGUUGACAGCCUGUUACGGCGUGGAACCUGACAUGUAUCCUACCAACAUAUCCCCAGCCUGUGCGGUUUUGAAGGCUGUCAAGCACUGAGGAGGUGAGGCCUAGUGGCUAGAAGUAGGUCGGUAGAGGCAGGCUUUGAAGGUUAUACCCUCUUUGAUUCUGGCCUUGUCUGCCACCACGUGAACACCCUCCACCUCUCGCUCCUGCCUCGGCAGACAGCCAUUCCUGCUGCCGUGACUUCCAGGCCAUGGUGGACUGAAAUUCCUGCAGUUGUAAAGCUCAAAGAAGUCCUUCCUGAAGUUGCUUCCUUCUGUCAGGGAUUUGUCAGUGACAGGCAGGACACGGCCCACCCUAGCCCUGAGCCCUGCCGACAAUGGUUCUCCUUCCUGCUUGGCCCUCAGCACUUCGCCUAUUUUUGUCUUGUGAGUCUUUACAACACACCUCUGUCUUUAAGCCCCUGAGCCUCACUCUAGUUUGUCCUGGUAGAGCUGAUGGAGCUGGAUUCACAGAGGUAGAUUUCCUGUAUUCAGUCAAGUUACCAGAAAAGGCCAAACGGGGCCUUGCCCUUUGACCUGAACCCCAUGUAAUGGGUUUGGUUAUGGGCACAGGCAGUGUGGGGCUAGGGUUGCUCUGGCCCAAGUGUCCAGAGUACCUCUAGGGGUCAGUAUGGCCUGCUCUCCACAAGGGUCAUCUGGGCUGGGCUGUGACAGCAGCUGUGAUGUCACCCAAAGCCCCACAGAAUGUCUGACAUGCCGGCCGCAGCCCUGAGGCCUGUCAGGAGAGAGGACGUUACCUCAUCCAGCAGGCUUCAUGCUUUACUCCACAGAAACCUAGUAACUCUGUCCCUCAACUGUGUGUUCAGACAUGUCCAGCCUGCAGAAAUACAGAAGAGCGUGGUGACUGUCCCUUUCCCAGUGUUCUGUCUCAACGGCUCCUCUCCACCUGGAGCCGUUGAAAAUUGAUUUGUUGACCCUACAAAAAAUAAGCUGAGGCAUGGGAAGUCACUUUUUAAUACUUGAACUUAAUGUAGCCUAGGAUUAAGGACAUUCUAUUAUAUUUUUGAACUAUGUUACUGAAUCUAAGAACAUUACUGAAAUUCCUGCCAGGUUUGGUGCAUGUCCGUAAUCCCAGCAGUCAGGCAGGGGCACAAGGGUCAUGUCAACCUGUCUGCAUAAGAAGAUCCUGUUUGGGAGAAGGAAAGUUUAUCAAGGAUCUAGCAGUUCCUGUUAAAGUUUGCCAAGUUAUCCAAAAUACCUUUUAUACACAUAGGCUUUAAUUUGAAGUUUCAUAUUGUAUUUCAUUAAUCUAGAUUAAUCUCAAUAUGUGGGUCAUGACCCCUUUGGGGCUCAAACCACCUUUUCACAAGGGGCUCCUAAGACUAUUGGAAAACAGAUAUUUAUGUUACAAUUCAUAACAGUAGCAAAUUUUUGUUGUUGUUCUUCAAAACAGGGUUUCUUUGUAGCCGUUGGCUGUAGACCCAGGCUGACUUCGAACUCAUAGGGACCCUACCUCUGCCCCCGAGUGCUGGGAUUAAAGGCAUGCGCCACUGCCGCCCAGCUAACUGUAGUAAAACUAUAGUUAUGAAGUAGCAAUGAAAAUAAUUUUAUGGUUGGGGCCACCCUUGUAAUGGUCUCUCCUGUCCCUUUAAGAGAAAAGCCCCCCCUCCACCUACUGAGGCAAGCAGAUCUUCCUUCUGCUUCCUUUCCAGCUCUCUCUGCCUCUCUCCCUUCUCCCCUUCUCCCCCCUCUGUUUCUCUUUCUCUCUCUCUGUGCCUCCCUCUGCUCUUCCCCCUUCUCCUCUUACCCCGUUCCCUUCCCCUUCCAUAACCCACUAAAUAAAUACCUACUAUUUCUGCAUGGCGUGUCUCUGUCUCUCACCUGCGUGGCUCCCUGCCUGGGACCCGCUGGGCCAGUGGCCACUCUGGGGAACACACCAUUUUACUUUAAUCAUAACCAUAACAUGAGGAACUGUAUUAAAGGAUCGCAGCAUUAGAAAGGUUGAGAACCACUGCUCUCAAUUAUCUACUUGAUUUAUAUAUAUAUGUAUAUGUGUAUACACACCAUACACACACACACACACACACACACUACAGGCCAGGCGGUGGUGGCACAAACCUUUAAUACCAGCACUUGGGAGGCAGAGGCAGGCGGAUUUCUGAGUUCAAGGCCAGCUUGGUCCACAGACUGAUUUCCAGAAUAAUCAGGACUGUUACACAGAGAAAAACCCUGUCUUGAACCCCCCCUCCAAUAAACAAACAAAAAACCCAAAAUUUGUAUGUAUAUAUACAGGUAGAUUUCUCAACAGCUCCCUUGAGAUUUUGAUUCAGGAUAUUUGUUAUGAGGCUGGAAUUUGCAUUUUAAGAAAUUACUUUAUGUGUAUGGAUGUUUUGCUUGCAUGUAUGUCUGUGUACCUUGUGCAUGCCUAGUGCCCAAGGAGGCUGAAGAGGGCAGGUCCCCUGCGACUGGUUGUGAGCCACCACAUGGGUGCUGGGACUCGAACUCAGCUUCUUUGAAAGAGCAGCCAGUGCUCUUAAUCAUUGAAUCAUCUUUCCAGCCCCAACUUUUCUUUUUCUUUUUUUUUUUUUUUUUUUUUUUGGAUUUUAGAGACAGGGUUUCUCUGUGGUUUUGGAGCCUGUCCUGGA